GCAGUCGAAGGGCUAUUCUCUCGUCCUCAGGUCAGCAUUACACCUGCUUUCAGAACUGCUCCCCUCUCCUAUCUGUGAUGCGACGAGUUUAUCUUCCUUUGAUAUGAGAUUUUCAACGUCUGAGCGGGGGGGUUUGGUGAGGUAACAGGACUUGUCAUCUUGCCUUUCGGUCCAGGACCCAUUCUUAUCUGCAGCAGUCACCCACAGUCUCAACCACCCCCAUAUCUCCAUUUGUGAGGGGUGGGGGAGGAGAUGGAAGCAGCUGCGACUCCUGCGAGGAUAGACCUAGAAGCUAUGAAGACAGGCAUGGCUCCUGACUUGAAUGCGAAACAUCGAUUACCGUCGGCCGGUGCAUCUUUCAAGCAUCCGAUAUCCGUGGCUGUCAAACACGUGCUACCUGCUGGUAGCAAGCGUAUUGUCACUGUUAUCUUAGGCCUCCUCCUUGUCUUUGCUUUUCCUAUUAUGUUGAAAGCACUUUUCCUUGAACCACAACGACCCCUGCUUUCCCCAUCCGCGCACGUUAAUCCAAAGGUGAUUUCCACGACUUCUUUUAGGACGAAGCGUACCUUUCGUCAGGCAUUUGCCCGUCGAAGCCUCAAGCAGCACACGGCUGUUCAUGAGAAAGAGGCCUCGUCCGAGUGGUCGACAAAGACGACAUCCCCUCUGGGGACAAGUGCGCUGCCGAACCUUUUGCAAGCGCAUGUGCCAAAAUGCCACACGAGGAAGCCGCAAUUUGUAACCGUAAAGAGCGAUGUGGAGAGACCCCGCGUGUUGAUCAUUUCCGCGAUACAAAACGAGUGCACCACUGCAAUGGGCGACGAUGUCGUCUUGCGCGGCCUGAAGAAUAAGGUUGACUAUGCCCGACUGCAUGGCAUGGACGUCGAACAUUGCAGUGUUGAUGUGCCAAUGGAGCCAUCGGAGGACCGGCAAUGGCACAAGCUUGCAGCGAUACAGGAGAAGAUGAGGAGCUUUCCGGCCUACGAUUGGUACGUCUGGCUGGAUUAUGACAGCGUCAUCACGGAUAUGACAUUCGAUAUUCCAUGGAAAACUUAUUCUUCCCAUAGUCUUGUGAUCUGGGGUCAAUCUACUGCGCUUUAUACGGGCGAGAAACUCCGGUCGAACAUGAUAAGCACCUCCACUAUGUACGUACGCAAUAACGAAAUCUCUCGGCGGUUGCUUGAUCGCGUGAUGGAGCUUUGUAAAAGUGGGAGUGAAGGGGUGAGCGAGAUGUUCAUCGACAAACCUCGGAAACCGACUCUGAACGACCAGUCCGCACUUGUGUACGUGCUUUCCACAGAACAGCAGCUGUGGCGGCAGCACGUAUAUCUGGAAAACAACUACGACAUAUCCCACUGGUGGGGUGAUGUAAGUGACAGACUUGAGGAGUACUACUCAGACUGGAGAGGGGAGGGACAGUUUCCACCAUUCAUUCUGAAUUUUUCAGGUUGUGAAUUUUGUAUAGACGAACCACAGCGGUCUCCACGUUGUGUGAAGGACUUCCACAGAGGAGUGCGAUUCGCAGAGAAUCAAAUCCUUGGUGCCUUCAACAUGACCCAUACCGACCUUGACUCUGCCGAGGUUGUCCAUCUCACUGCAUCCAUGAGCUAGUUUUCUGCAGGAUCACACAAAGCGUUGACUUCAUAAUGAGCGUAGCUAAUUCCGCUACUUGACGGAACAAGAUUGAUGUUUUGGAACAUGCCGAAAAAAAAAUGACACGGCACCAGUUGCGGAUGGAAUAGUGUAUAGCACGGGUCGAAUUGUGUGGUCCCAUUCUUGAUUGGCUAUCGAGGUGCGGUACUUUGCCGCAUGUCAUCGUUCUCGGUUGUUUGAAUGACUGCAAAACAUGUGGGGGAAAAACAAAAAAUAACAUUUGGUAUGUGACAGCAGCUUGAGAGUACAGGAGAACCGCCUCCAGCUUUUGGGUGGCGUCGAUUUCUGUGAUUCUUUGGCCAGUAGGGUUGAAGUGUUUCGCCCAUUUUGGUCUUUAGUAGGCUCCCUUCGUACACUAGCAUGAUGUGCACGCCGCACACGGGUUAUCCCUUGAAUUCAGCCUGACGUCGAGAUCAGUGUAUAGUUCGCGGCACUUUGCAGCCGAUACGAAUGUAUCUAUCCGAUUCUAUCGUUCUUGUGCAUGCAACUUGUGUUGAGCAGGAUAUGAAUGUCUCUGGAGUCUGGCCCGAUUCGACGAGAGCACGGAGUUCGACCCUCGUUUCGCUUGGAGUGAUUUGCAGAGCUGAUGGUCUGCGAUUCGUCAUUUACAUGACGCAACUUACUUUGUCAAUUUGAAUACAGUACCUUCCGGCUUCCUGCGUCAUUUCAACACCCCAAGACAAUCAUUUCAGCAUCUGGGAAGAGUGCUAGUGGGGGGGGGGGCCAGGGGGGGCAAGGACGAAAACCGAUGAGGGAACAGAAAGGUGCGCUUGUGAAUUGCGGAGGAGCAUUAGGACCGGCACCAAGACGACAGUGCAACGAGCAUAAGGCUGUCUUAUAUAUUGUCAUCCACAUCAGUGCGACGUGUCGGACAUGUCGGACUUUUAGCGCUACGGUAUGUCACUCCCUUCAUCCAAGGGCGACAUUGAAGAGCAACAUCGAAUACGCCGUUAGAACUAG